AUGAGUGACCGGUCUCUACACGCAAAGGCCAUCCUUGGCCCGGAUCUCUUUGGCCGUCUCUCGCAGACCAAGGUGCUUCUUGUUGGGGCGGGUGGGAUUGGUUGCGAGCUUCUGAAGAAUAUCGUCCUCACUGGCUUUGGCGACAUCACCCUACUUGAUUUGGACACCAUAGACCUGUCGAACCUCAACCGACAGUUCCUUUUCAGGAAAAAAGACAUCAAGCAGAGCAAAGCUCUGGUCGCAGCGAAGACUGCAUCUGCCUUCAACCCUAGCGUGAAAAUUACCCCCAUUCACGCCAACAUCAAGGAGCCCCAGUUCGAUGUCGCGUGGUUCCGGAGUUUCGACAUCGUGCUCAACGCGCUUGACAACCUAGGCGAGUACUAUGCUCGGAGGCACGUCAACAAAAUGUGCAUGGCGGCUAAUGUCCCGCUUGUCGAAUCUGGGACCGCCGGGUACCUGGGCCAGGUACAACCUAUUCUGAAGGAUCGCGCCGAGUGCUUUGACUGCAUUCCCAAGCCAACACCCAAAACCUUCCCUGUAUGCACGAUUCGGUCCACGCCGUCCCAACCAAUCCACUGCAUUGUGUGGGCGAAGAGCUAUCUCAUUCCACAGCUGUUCGGUGAAGACGAAGACGGAGCGGAGCUUGACGAGGCAGAGAAGCAAGGAGAGAAUGCGUCGGAAAUCGCCGCGCUACGCAAGGAAGCGCAAGCCUUCAAGGCGGUGCGUGAGGCCCUCCGCUCGGUCCCUGCAGGGGACGCGUCGUCGUCAGGUCCUAGUGCGGCGAAACUGGUCUUCAACAAGGUCUUCCAUGCCGACAUUCUGAACCUCUUGUCCAUGGCUGACAUGUGGCGCUCACGGGCGCCGCCUAUUCCCCUCGACUUCGAUAAGAUUCUUGAGGGCAGCUUCCCUCUUCUCCGCCCGCAGCAGAACGGUCUACCCCAGCCCCCUCAAAAUGGUAACGCCUCGAGCAGCAAGCAACGCGAGACAGUUGGAACCGGGAAGGCCGAAGUCAAAGUCAACGGCACAGCCCCGGUCUCCGUGAACGGUGCCGGCUUGAAGGACCAGCGCGCGCUUUCGCUGCAGGACAACCUUGAGCUGUUUAUUGCCAGCACGGAGCGCCUCGCGGCGCGCAUUCGAGGGGGCGAACACACCAUCUCUUUCGACAAGGACGACGAGGACACGCUCGACUUCGUCACCGCUGCAGCCAACUUGCGCUCCGCCGCAUACGGUAUCCCCGGCAAGAGCCGCUGGGAAGUCAAAGAGAUGGCGGGGAACAUCAUCCCUGCGAUCGCGACGACGAACGCGAUCAUCGCCGGGCUCAUCGUCCUCCAGGCGCUGCACCUCCUCCGGCGAUCGUACGCCGCGCUCCGGAACGUACACGUGCAGUUCAAGCCGUCGAUGCCGCUCAGCUCGAUCUCGAUGUGCCCGCCGAACUCGUUCUGCGGCGUGUGCCGGGACGAGUACGCGGAGGUCUUGUGUGACCCCUCGCGCGUCACGCUCCGCGAGGUCGUCGACGGCGUCCUCGGCGCGGGCGGCGAGGACGGGGACGCGGCGAUGCGCGAGGUGAGCGUGUACGAGGACAAACGCGUGCUGAGCGAUCCGGACUGGGACGACAACAACGACCGCACGCUCGAGAGCCUGACCGUGACGCGGGGCAAGUUUGUCUCGAUCGUGGACGAGGAGGGCGAGUAUGCGACAAUCCAGGUCGCGAUCGGGGUCCUUCCACCGGACCACCCCGCGGACGGCCCUGCGCUGAUCUUGCCCUCGCCACUGCCCAAGCCCGCGAAGAAGGCAAAGCCACCACCGUCAACGCCUACGCCCGUGACGCCUCUCGUGCCGUCGAAAAAGCGUCCCGCCCCGGAAGACGAUGGAGUUACGGACGGAGAUGGACCCCUCGCGAAACGCGCGAAGACUCUGGGCGCGGUGCCGUUCACCCCGAGCAAAAAGCGGAAGCUGGAGGAGGACGGGGUGAUCAUCGACUGA